UCCUACACUUCCCUUUCUCCUCGCUAGUUGGCGGUAAGCGCAGCUGUAACCCGCCCCGGAGCACAGAAGAACGACGCGGUCACUUUUUCAAACCGCAGCCGCGGCUCCUCAUCGACGCGGCUCCGCGCACUGACUCUCCCCGGAGGCGGUUGAUGGGGAAACGGCGACAACAAACAGCCACAGUAACGGUUUCCGUACGGCGUUAUGGCCCCAGUUAACCUUUUCCAGACUUUAGCGAACCCAGAGACGGCUGUAUUUGCGUUAUCUUAACCAGCUGAAUAGUUAACCUACAAUUAGUUUGCAAGCUUAGCUUAGCUUAGCCAGCCAGGCUUUCAACCAGCCAACGUUUUCUCAGCAGCCUAGCAACCAGCGAAAUGGCGCUGCCAUGUUUUGACAGCUUCUCUGUUUUGUCUUACGACUCUGUUCUUUACUUUUAAUGAAACAGCGAGCGAGCUGGAUCGUUUCAUUGCCCUACAAAUAAAGUAAGGCUGUAGCGUUGCUGUCGCUCAGCUGUGAGCUGCUUAGCUGAGCUGACUUCGCGAGGUCUUCCCCUCCUCUCGGUUAGCUAGGUUGGUGAGCGAUGCUGGGUUCUGCUCAGCUGAAGCGCAGAAGAGCUCAGGACUUCGCGGCCUGUUAUGAUUCGGCUUGUGCUGCUCAAGGCUCGGUUCCACUGCCCGCGGUCAAGUCCAGCCUUGGCCAGGGAGUGCUGGACUUCAACGGGGAUGUCAUCAGUCUCCCAGACUGGACGCCUGUACUGUUAUCUCUGGCCAUCAACAAGCAUUUGCAGAACGUGACCAUCAGAAGCUGCUACCUCGGCACUUUGGGAUCACAGGCUUCUUCUAAGGCCACCAGCAGAAAGAAGACACCCGCAAUCCAUUCGAAGAGUAUGACCCUUCAGCUCUGCAAAGCUGUACAGAAAUGCCUUUGUGUUUCACCCAAUCUGAAGAUCCUUCAGCUCCAUGGGCUGCCGUUAAGAGAGAGAGACCUCAACAUACUCACAAAGGGUUUGUCCAAGAGCACCUCAUUGGAGCAUCUGUCUCUGGCGCACUGUCCGAUUGCAGAUGAUGGGCUGGAAGUUAUCUGUCAGAGUGUUAAGUACUCCUCAACAAUCAGAACAGUGGAUUUCACGUCUUGUAAUAUUACCUGGCAAGGGGCAGAACAUAUGGCGAACAUAAUCAAGCACCAAGCGGUGAGGCGGCAUGGCACGGCAUGGGUGGAGUCUUUGCGGUACAGAAAGGCAGAGUUUGAGGCGAUGGGCGGGCUGCGCAGGAUCACGCUCAAUGACAACAUUCUAAUCGGGGACAGAGGAGUGACCGCACUCACUGAGGAGCUCGCAGAGGACCUGUGGGUCAAAGCGGUGGACCUCCAGCGCUGCGGCAUCUCUAAUGAAGGAGCUAAAGCCCUGGAGAAGAUGCUCCAGUCCAACUCCACUCUGUGUGUCCUGGAUGUCAGGAGGAAUCCACUAGUGGACAAUGAGUUGGUGAAGGAUGUGAUUAAAAAAGUCCUUAUGAACACCAAAGGCCAGGACUUACAGUAUCUUUGGCUGAAGCCUCCAGCAAAGGAUGCCUAUGACCACACAGGCCAGAUUAUGAGGAGAAACACAGGAAGAGCUACCUACAGAACUGGAUCUCGCAAGACAUCAACAGCGUGCGGGUGGAGGCCGCCACGGCCUGGGUCUGCUGGGUAUAUCCCGUGGCGCACUGCAGCACGAGCCAGACUUCAGAGGGGCCUUCCAGAGGGUGCAAUUACUGCCAAUCAGAGUUUUCAGAAUGCUUCCACUGUCCGAGUCACUCUGGAGUCAGCAAGUGAGUCAGAGUCUGAGGAAGUGGAGAGUGUGUCACAAAGUCUGUGUGCACAGAGUCCUCAAGGAAAUGUUACCAGCAGGAAGUUCAGGCAUCUGCAGGCAGAAUACAAGCGCCUACAGGUGGAGCUUGAGGACUGCAAGCUCAGGCUAGCGGAAGAGAGAAAUGCAAGACUGAAAGCCAAUUCUCGCCUGGUGGAGCUGGAGUUAGAGAACAGUCGUCUACGCAGUCUGAAUCAGUCUCUCUCUGAAGCCCACGUCAGCCAUUCUGUGCUUGAGGAUGACCAUGUGCUGGACAGUAUUGAGUCAUCGUUUCACAAAUUCCACGCCUUCCUUGACCUUCUGAAAGAUGCUGGGCUGGGCCAGUUAGCAUCGAUGGCCGGCAUUGAGCAGUCAGACUUUGGGCUUCUGGGUAGUCCUCAGCUCUCCUCCACAGAACGAAGGGGCCAAGGGGACCAGGGUAAUGAGCAGAGGAAGGAGGACCCUGUGACAACAGAAAACCUUCAGAGAGCAUCAAGACCUCAGUCGAGCAGAUCCUCCUGUAGAGUCUCGGCUGCCUCUAGGCCCUCACCUCAAAUUCAGUCCCAGCAGGAGAUGCCCCUUAACCCCGCUAUCCACUCCAGCACCCCUCCUGCUCCACUGGACCAGCAUGAUGCACCAGAGCAGCAGCGCAGUAUCUCCCCAGUCCCAGUGAGCCUUCACGGGAUGUCCGGCUCUGAGAAGGUCCAGGGCAGCGGAGACUCAAAGUCAGCAAGUUCAGUCAGUAGCAACCUUAGUAUAAACAGUAAAGUCUCUAAUUCUUACAGAGACGACUUUUCUGAGGGGAAGGUUUCUCCUGCUCUAAGCUCUAGAUCCUCCAGUGUCUCUAGGUUUGAGAGCCAGAGGAGUGCUGCUGGUUUGGCUGGAUUCUAGAGCAAGCUUAGAUCCUGGACUCUGUGUAGACUGGUUUUUCUUCCAUUGUAUUUUAUUCGUAGUUGUGUCAUUUGAAUGUUUAUGUAUCAAAAAAAAGUUUUUACACGAUUUUACACCACAAGGUUCCAAGCGAGCCGAGCCUUUUUCUAAUUUUUUGUCAGCAGUCUUUUGCCUUGCUGCUAUCAGCCUCUUCUGAGCAAAAUUUUCCUUCACAUCAUGACAAUUUCAUUUGGCAUCGCUAUGACAACCAGCUACAUUGAGAAGGUACUGUAGUAUCUGCAGUGGAAAACGAAGUAGCUGCUGCUGAAAGCGAGUGGAGUCCAGCCAAGUCGAGACAUAACAUGCAGUGGAAAAUCGUCUUAAGGCCACUGUGUAAAGGUUCUGAUUGGCUGUAUUGUAUUGUGCAUCAUUCAGAAGCAGUCCAGGCUGAAAAACUCCUUAUAACUUCAACGUGAAUGGGCGGAGCUAAAGUGCUGUGGGCUGAA